AUGUCACAGCAACGUUCGUCGUCUUCAUCACCGCCGAAGCGCGAAAAGGAGAUCAUGGAGCCUCGGCCCAGCUCCAGUAUCCUGCUGCUCUCACCAACGAACCAGGUUCUCCUGUUGCAUCGGGUGAAGACAUCGACUUCCUUUGCGUCGGCGCAUGUGUUUCCGGGUGGUAACCUAGACGCUUUCCACGACGGAAAGAUCCCUCCAAACGAUGCGCGCGAGCGGCACGAGGAUGGCUAUGCCUACCGGCUGGGAGCCAUCCGUGAGUGUUUUGAGGAGACCGGCAUUCUCCUUGCGACAAAGAAGGACUCAGACGACAGGUCUACGCUUAUCAAUGUCUCCUCUGCGGUCAGAGAUAGGGCUCGCAAGCAAAUUCACGGGGGAAAGGUGCGCUUCAGCGACUGGGUGGACAGCCUAGGCGGCGUCCCGGACACCGGACGUCUGAUCCCCUUCACAAGAUGGGUGACGCCCACCAACGUCCCCAAGCGCUUCACGACGCAGAUGUACAUUUACAUGCUCCCAUCCUCGGCGUCCACAGGCGCCUCGGCCAUGGAGAACGAGAUCAUCGUGCCGACCCCGGACGGCGGCGUCGAGCACACGGCCGCCAAGUUCGAUGACGCCUCGACGUGGCUCUACCGCGCCGACAAGGGCGAGAUCAUCCUCUUCCCGCCGCAGUAUUAUCUCCUGCACCUCGUCUCGCAAUUCUGCAAAGCCGCCGCGCCGUCGCCGGCGCCUGGCAAGGGCCACGGGGACGCGUACUUUGUGUCGCAGCGAAAAGGCCUGUUGGAGUUUCUCAGGAGCGUGCCCACGGCGACUGGGUCGGAGGCGGCGCGGAGCCACCCAUCGUCGGAGAUCCCAUGGGCGGACAAGGUCAUGAGCCCGCACAACUUGUUCAUCCGCGAGGCGGACAAUCGCAUCGUACUCGGGCUCGAUAAGCCGGGCCCGGAGCUCAAGGGCUCCGGCCGUGGCGGCGACUGGGAAAGGGUUGUGUUGGUCAAGUUUACGAGGGACGGGCCGCGCAAGGUCGAAGUAAGGGGGCGCGAGGAGGUGUUGAGAGAGGAGAAGGAGGCGAAGAGGGCGAGGGAGGCGGAGCAUAAGCUCUGA